CGGCAGCCGUCGUCCUUUCGCAGCCGCCGCGGCCCUCUGCGGGGCCCGGGUCGGCCGCCUGCUGGCUGCCUGCACGCCGCCGGGCGCGGCGGGGCGGCCCCGGGGCGCGGUGCGGAGCGAGUUCGGCGGCGGGAGGCCAGCAGUGGGGCGGCAUGCCGGCCGGCUUCUAUCGCGGGCACCCGGGGUGGCUGCUGCUGCUGCUCUGCCUCCCGGGCGGCGGCCUCGCAGGUCUGUUGGUGACGACUUUGGAUGCCAAUCAUACUCAAGGGAAUGCUUUGACUCAGAUGCACACUGGACUGAAGACAUCUGCUGAGCCCAUAACAACUACAGAGACUGUCAGUCAAACAACCUGGGGCAGCAUUGCAGAUCACUUGACACGUGCACGUGAUGUAUCUACACCUGGUCCAGAUCUCACCAUGGUGGGUUUUGAUGUGGAAAUCAGUUCGAACAAGUCUAAGCCCCUUUACGUGGAGUAUGAGGUGCUCCUUCCUGGUGAAUCUGGUGGUCCCGUGGAAAAAAACAUCACUUUGGGCAGUCCGGUUAAAAUUGAGCUGUCAUGCAGACUGGCUGAUAAAUAUUCUUACAUGAAAAACCCUCAGGUGACUUGGAAGAGGGGAAAUGAAACUAUCAAACACAUCAAUAAAACUGAAAAUAGCUGGGGCAUCCAAUUGACUAUCUCAGAAAACGGACAACUGGGAAGUUACACUUGUGUGGUGACAGGUGAAGAAGAAUUCAGUGUGGUGUUUCAUUUACAAGUACCACAAAUUGAAGGAAGAGAAAAACCUAUCAUCAGUUAUGAAGGUGACUCAGCUGUACUGAUUUGUAAAAGUCGCAGUUAUACUCCCAUUGCUUGGACCUGGUAUAUGACCAAUGGCAGUGAACAGAUUGCCAUUAAUGAUUCCCUGAUGUUGGAUAAGUACGUAAUAGACAGAACAGAUGCCAAUGUAACCCAUCUGAAAAUACUGAAGCUCACCAAAGAAGAUGGUGGUGCAUACUGGUGUGAAGCUGCUUUUGAACUAGGAAAGAGUAAAGGAAAGCUGAACCUUAAAAUUCUGUCAUUCACGGAGCCACUCAAGCCAUUUCUAGCAAUAGUGGCUGAAGUUGUUAUUUUAAUAACUCUCAUUUUUGUUUUUGAGUUGUAUUCAAAAAAGAAAGAGAAACGUGCAGAAGAUGAAAAAGAAUUUGACCAAAUUGAGCAACUUAAAUCAGAGGAAAGCAAUGGUGUGGAAGGCAGUAGUGCAAGGCACAGAAGAGUUUAGUCUGGCUCCUAGAAAGGGAAGCCAAGCCUACAGAAGUGGAAAUCGUCACAGAGUUAAAGAAGUGUGCAACUGUGCUUUUUGAACAUCAACUAUGUUUCUGCAUAAGCUCUUCCACAGUUGUAAGAAAUAAGAUGCUUUUAAAAUAACUGUGAAAUGGCUCGUUUUUUACCAAUAAUAUAUCCUGAUACACUGCAUUUUGAUUCUCGCUGUCUGUAAGACUGUCAUUUUAUGCUGAAAGGCAGGUUUUUCUGGUUAGAUUUCAUAUUGUUAUGUUGACUGUGUUUAGGACAAAAUUAACCUUACAUUUACUGAACUAAUGGGUGAUACAGAAAGGGAGUAUUAUCAAAACUAGAAUUUUUAAUACUUGUUAAAAAUGGGCUUGUGAGAUCAAAAAUGAUUUCCACCAAAGAAAAUGCCUUGUACUGGCAGAUAAAGCAAAUGUGACAUACAGCCAUUUUUACCAAAGAAAUGUUCAAAGGGAAAUCUUUAUCAUGAUUUAAGUAGAAUGUCAGUGGUUUUGCACUUGUGGUGAGCAGUAAAAUAUCUAAAUUCUAACUUUUUGCUUAGCUUCCUUUAAUUAGCAAGAAGUAAAAUAUGUUCAGGGUACUUCAUAGAUUAAUUUCCAUGAGAUGUCCUUCUGUAUGGCUUUGAUACUGUAUUGUAUUUCCAAAUAGGCUGAACAUUCUAAACGGACAACAAGCUGAAUGCUGUGCAGAUUAGGUACUUUGGUAUUACUUCAGAACAAGUGAAAGAAGGAAAAGGGAUACAGUGUCAUAUUAAACAUAAUUGAAAUUAUUUCAUGUACAGAUUACCUCAGGAUAUUUGGGAGUUGCAGAAUCGUUCUGUGACUACAACUAAUAUGGAGAUAUUUUCAGUCAUCUACCUACAUGGUUUUUAACAUGCAUUGUGUAACUAGUAUUCCCACUUCCUCUCACAUAUGGCAUUGUUCCUUGAUGAACUCUCAUCACAAUUCACUGAAGGACUUGAGCAGCUAAAGUUUCCAAGGUAAUAGGUAAAGCACAGUAAGUACCACCAGCUGUUGCACAUAGUUAUGGUGCUGCUUAACUGACAGUACUGUUACAGAAGAGUGGUAAUUUUAGAUAUAUUCAGCAGCUGAAAAUGGAAAACUGGUUAAUUGCAAUAGUGGCCUUUGCUUGCUAAUCCAAAGGAAAAAUUAGAAAAACAUUUAUUUUUUGAGCAGGGGAAAGUAGACUUUUGAAGGCUUUUUCCCUAUAAAUAAUGUAAGGAAAAACGAAGUGAAUGGAAAAAAAAAAAAAUUGAAGUGGAUUUCCUCACGUGGUCACUUCUGAUUGAAAACAGAAGAAGGUAAAUGGGAAAGUGAAAAGGAAACAAGAGGAAAGGAAUUAAAGCUGUUUCACUGUUCCUGUAAUUGUCCACAUACCAAAAAGCCAAUGCUAGGCUUUUUGUUAUUUUCAAAAUACAAUCUGAUUUGUGCUUUUUUUUGGCUUGUUUGUUUGUUGUGUACAAUUUGGUGGUUUCGCAAUUCUAAAUUACAGCCCAAAUAAAAAACAGUGGAAGGAAUAUAGCUAUGAGAUGGCAGAACGUAGGGGAUGAACACUAAAGAGUUCCCUUGCUGAGAUACUGCGUUCAUUGUAUUUUGCGUUAGAGUUCACAUGCAUUAUUAAAAACAAAAAACCAAAUACAUUUGUAGGUUUUUUAUAUGACUUUCUUAUAACAGCAUUUUUGUCGCUAUAACAAGUAUAUUUUUGCACGUCAAAAUACUAUAUUGGUUGUUUGAAACAUAUCACUCAGUCUGUUGUUUUUCGUGUACAACUUCUGCCUUUGUUGAGCAUUCCCACUUGAUCUCAAAAUUGUUGCAUAAAGUCUUGGCCACCCGUAAGUGAGUUGCAUGAACAGUGACUUUUUUUUUCCUUGUUAGUAAUAAAGGGCUGCAGUGAAAGCGGGCAGGAACCAGAGAACCUUGAAGUAAGCAUGUGUUUUAGAUGCAUUAUGAAUUCCUCCUCUCAGGACUGCAGUAAUUUUUAGUCCAGUUGGCUUCUGAUACAUUAGAUAUUGAUACAUUUGAUCUUGACUUGCCUCCAGUGUGCACUACUUGCUGUUCCUCCAAGGGAAUUGGUGCUUCUGUUUCUGUUGGUAAAUAGGUCUGUUCCUCCUAUGUCUGCCAAAGACACCUAAUAAGAACCAAAGAAGUCCCAAACCCAAGUGUGAGAGUACUGACUGAUGAACAAUUACAAUUAGAAGAACUUCAAGUUACAUCCUUGGUAACUUCUUUCCAGUAGUUUCAAACAGCUUUGCAGUUUUAUUUUCUUAGCCAAAACAUUCAUAUAUGAAAUACAUUGAACUGUUUAUGGGAUAAAAAGAUAAUCCAGAGUUCAAGUCUUACAAUGUUUUAUUAACGCUGUAUUUCAACUGCCUAAAUGUAUUGUUUAUGAGUGGUAGAGCCUGUCUUGUUGUUGAAUCUUAUAAGGUUUCAAACUUGUAUUAUUUGUUCCAUCGUAGCCAAAACGAUUUUUUUUCCCACGAUGAUCUUUUGUCUGAUUUCUUUAUCUAUUCAUGCUUUCAUUUAAAUAUUGGACUCUUUUUCAUUAUUAGAAUAAUAUUUACAUCAUUUGACUUGCUGAAUUAUUUUCAAGUUGACGUUAAAAGUUCUACAACAAAAGUU